AACUCUGUGACGUGUUUCGCUGCUAACUGCUAGUUUAAACACAUUAGUGUUUUGCACCGCGACACGGGCGUUCAAGCUUUUAACGUCGACCUUGAUAAGACAUCCAAGUUAAUUUCAGCGGUAUUGUUCGGUGUUGGACGGCAAUGGCUCGCGGUAGGCUCGGGACGAGGUUCGUGACUGUUCAUAAAGAUGCUUUUGUAACCUAACCAGCUGGCCUCGCCUCCAUCAUGAAGCUCCCCAUCGCUGUAUAAGAAAAGCACGUGCCAGUCGUCAAUCUGUCAACAAUGGAGGUCUCCCAGGUGACCCUGACUGUCAGAGGAGAAACGUGUCCAGGCGAGGUGAUCGCCGUGGUUGGGAGCUGUGAAGCCCUGGGCAGCUGGAGCUACCAAAAAGCGGUGAUCUUGGAUGCCCUAAGCGAUGAAGGGAACACGUGGACAACAACGGUCGGCAUUCCCAGAGGAGUCGAGGUCAAGUACCGCUAUUUCAAGGGCUUCUUUCUGGAGGCAAAAAGCGCGGGCGGUCCUUGUCAGGUGAUAGUCAAUGUGUGGGAGAGCCAUCAUCAUCCCCGCACCAUGAGCCCCACAGCAUUUCACCUAAGUGUCGGCGAUGGACAAUUUGGAAUCCACAACGACGGGGCCAUGUGCGUCGACAGCGGCUGGCUCACGUGCCAGACGGAGAUUCGCCUGCGUCUGCACUAUUCCAAGACGUCUCCGGUGUCCAUCACCAAGAAGAAAUUCAAGAAGUCCCGCUUCAGGAUCAAACUGACGCUGGAGGGCGUUGAGGAGGAGGAGGAGGAGGAAGAUGAGGAGGGGGAGAACUCACGGAGCGUGUCGUUCCCGCACAAGGUGCCCACCACCCUGGAGAUCAGCAUGAUCAGCUCCAAAUGCUACAAGUCCCGCCACUCGCAGCCCGAGUGCGGCUACGCCCUGGAGCCCUCACAGUGGACCGAGUACAGCAUCCACAGCAUGGACCCCGACAACCUGGAGCUGACCUUUGAGUUCUUUGAGGAGGAUCUGAGCGAGCACGUGGUCCAGGGCGACGUCCACCCGGGGCACGUGGGCACCGCCUGCCUCCUUUCCUCCACCUUCCUGGAGAGCGGCAGGGAUCACGGCCUGGUCACGCUGCCCAUCAUGGCGCGCAACUCCAGGCAGACCAUCGGCAAAGUGCGAGUGGACUACUUGGUGAUCAGGCCCAUCCCGGGGCUGCAGUGUGACAUGAGCGUCACCUUUGCCAAGUACUGGAAGAAAGGAAGGGUCCUGAACGUGGGCCACCGAGGAGCUGGCAGCACACAAGCCGCCAAGCAUCACAGAGUACGAGAGAACACCAUCGCAUCGUUCAAGAGUGCCGCUAAGCAUGGGGCCGCCUACGUGGAGUUCGACGUCCACCUGUCUAAAGACGCCGUGCCCAUUGUGUACCACGACCUAACGUGCUGCAUCUCCACCAAAAAGAAGAAAAAUGACCAUGUUCUGGAGCUCAUCGAGGUGCCGGUGAAAGAUCUGACAUUUGAUCAGCUGCAGCUUCUGAAGCUGGCUCACGUCACUGCCAUGAAGGGAAGCGAUCUCAAAGACGUACUGGAGGAUGAGGACGAGAUCGACGAGCAUCAGCCCUUCCCGUCGCUCUCGCAGCUCUUCCAGGCACUCCCAGAACAUGUUGGCUUCAACAUCGAGCUCAAGUGGAUCUGUCAGAUGAAGGACGGGUCAUGGGAAAGCAACAUGUCAUCCUACUUCAACAUGAACAAGUUCAUAGACAUCAUUUUGUCCUGCGUUCUGCGAAAAGGAGGCAAGCGACGUGUCGUCUUCUCUUGCUUCGACCCCGAUGUCUGCUCCAUGGUUCGCCGCAAGCAGAACAAGUACCCCAUCCUUUUCCUGACGCAGGGCAUCUCUGAGAAGUAUCCAGAGCUGAUGGACAUCCGCUGCCAGACCACAGAGAUCGCCAUGAGCUUCGCUCAGAGCGAGGACAUCCUGGGCAUCAGCGCCCACACUGAGGAGUUGCUGACCAACGUGAGCCUCAUAGGCGAGGCGCAGGCCAAAGGCCUGGUGGUGUUCUGCUGGGGCGAUGACAACAACGAGCACGAGAACAGGAGGAAACUGAGGGAGCAAGGCAUUGACGGACUCAUCUAUGACAGUAUCUCCAUCCACCACUUUGCUAUGAUGCGUCAUGCUCAAGAGCACAGCGGCCUUUCCUUUCUUUCUGACAGCACUCACCAUGGUCUGAUUGCCAUUGAAUCCAAACUGUGCUGCGAACCUUCCUGGAUUUGCAACCCUUCAUCAGAGGAGGGAAGUCUGGCUUGUUCUGUCAUUGAGUUCCCACAAGACUGAGAUUCAACUACACACUCACAUCGUUGGUUAAUUUGUUGAUGCAUGAUAAUAUCACGUAAUAGUCAUGACUGACACACAUCUACGCACACAGUAGUUAAUGUUAGCUAGCUAGCUAGCUAUUUUUAGCUAACUGUAAACUUGGCUAAUUUGUUGAUGCAUGAUAACACACAUUCUUCCACACAGUAGACAUUUUUGUUUAGGACAAAAGUGAAGAUAAUACUUGCAUGUAGUUGUUUAUGAUGGUAAAAGAGAUGACACACUUCUGUGUGUUUGAUGUCAGACAGUCACACUUGAUAAGAAUAAAAAUGUCCAUGAAAUCCUGUAGGAAAUGAACAUAGGUGAUAUUUUUUUACCCAAUUUAGCAAGUCUGGGGGUAUUAAUACAAAAACAAAAAUGUAUAGAAAGUAGAACAUUCACAUGGCAGGAUGUCCAAGUCAUGUUUUUUUGAGGAAUACUUGGAAUCUUAAAUUAUAUUUAAAAAAAAAAAAAUUAUAAUAAAUAAAUUCUUACAAAGAUAUUGUGAGAAAAUAACCUCUCCGGGUCAUUUUAGACCCACUUGUGCAUCUAGGGGUUAAAUAGACAUCACAAUGCAAUUCACUUCUUCAUCAAUGGCCACUUUAGCACACUAAAUUGCUGCAUUGGAGGAAGUAACCGAUGAGCCAAUUUGGCACAGUGGCCUGGCAUCCGGCAAUCUGAUAAUUACAAUAAUUGCAUGGUGUCUGGUGUGACGUGGAAAAUAGUUGUCAGAUGGCGACCAUUGUCAACACUGCAGGGCGGAAGAAGUUUGUGUUAGGUGUUUAGCUUCCAACACACAGGUGCCAUUUUGUAUUCUUCUGUUGUGGCUCCGAUACGACGUGUCAGCGCUAUUUAUACAGAACAGAGUCAGAAAAAAAAAAUGUUAGGCUUAGGUUAAAAUGGGAUUAGGUUUAGGGCUUGUUGUGUUAUGGCCUGGGUUAGGGUUUAGGUCAUGUUUAGGGUCUGUUUAAGUUAAGGCAUGGAUUAGGGCUUGAUUUAAGGGUUAGGGUUAUUUUAGGAAACAACGUAAUACCCAAGAGGGUACUUAUCAAUGGCAUGUGUACAGGAGGACAUUAGGAUUUAAUAUUUAAAAUUAUUCCUAUUAAAAAAUAGUAUUUAAAAAGGUGUUAAGUAAAAAAGUUCCGGUUUUUAGAUUAGGGUUUUGGUUUAAAGGAAAAGGGGCGGCCUCUUGUGAAUUAGACUGCUCCUUCAAACAAACACUACUGUCUGCAGUUCAGGAAAUGUAAAUACCCCAGGCUUAAAAACAAACAAACAAACAGACAAAAAAGUUCUUUUCAGCGCCAUUAAAAAAAAAAAAAGUGAUAAAAGGACUUUUAGUGGAAUCACCAAAUGAAUGCAGGUUUGUAUACAAUGUGCUGUUAACAAAAAUGAGUGCAUGAACACAUUUUUGUAUCCUUCAAGUCAAAAUUGCUGUCUAGCUUAAUGAAAGUCAAACAAUUAAGAAUGUGCUAAUCUAAGUGUUUCUUGUACUAAAAUAUAUUUUAAAAAAAAAACUUUUUUUAUGGUU